AUGACCUUAUUUGGAAAUAAGCUCUUUGCAGAUGGUCAAACAAAGAAGGAGAAGCCAGUUGGAGCCUGUGAUGUCUUGUCAUUGUCUGAAGAUUCUUCAAUCACUAUUUCAAGCGAUGCAGAUGUUUCUCUUUCUUCAUAUGAUGAAGAUCAGGGAUCUAAACUUAUCCGAAAAGCUAGAGAGGCACCAUUUGUCCCCAUUGGAAUGGCAGGUUUUGCAGCAAUCGUUGCAUAUGGAUUAUAUAAAUUGAAGAGCAGGGGCAAUACUAAAAUGUCUGUUCACUUGAUCCACAUGCGCGUGGCAGCCCAAGGCUUUGUUGCGGGAGCAAUGACUCUUGGUAUGGGCUAUUCCAUGUAUCGAGAAUUCUGGGCAAAACCUAAACCUUAGAAGAGGAGAUGCUGUCUUCGUCUUGUUGGUGGUGCUUGCUUUAGUUAGACAUCUCAUAUUGAGGUUAUAUGUUUAUGUUGAAAAUAAAUUCUGUGGGUCAGACAAUAACAUGGUAAUUUGAAUACUGGCUUCCUUUCUUGCAGGCUUGAUUUGCCUGGUGACCAAGUUACUGGUGACUAGUUCACUAGCUAGGUCAUUCAGGGGAGUCAGAUUAGCACAAAAACAUGUCACUUUUAAAUGCACUUGACAGUGGUACAAUGUCCACCUUCUGAUAAAAUUAGUUGUAAAGAGGACAACAUGCCAGUCCUGAAAAUGCUCCCAGUUGCUGCAGAAUAUCAUAUGCUUUUGAUGUAAUGUAGGAAGCCUAUUCACUCCAGCUAAUUUAACUCUUUCUGACUGCCUUGUGGACUGAGUACUGUUUUUAAGGGCUGGUUGGCUCUUGAAGAACCCUUUCAGAACAGUGCACAG